UAUAUAUUUGGAAACGCCUCUUCAUGACCGUUAGAUUAGAUUGAAACGUAAAUUUAAAAAUUAAAACAAAAACAAGAAGAAGCUAAAAAAACGUUUGCUACCCAAUCUCGGACGAACUAAAACCUAUCAAAACCCAAGCCCAACUAAAACCCCCUCUCGAUCUCUCUCUCUCCCCUCUCAUACACAUACACACUCUCUCUCCAUCUCUUCCUCUCUAGCUUUCUCUCUCUACACCCAUUAUGCACAGGCAGUCUCUAGGCUCCCCAGCUGCUCUCUCUAUCUCUUCCUCUCUUUCUCUCUCUACACCGAUCAUGCACCGGCAGUCUCUCGGCUCACCAGCUUCGAAGCUCCACAGUCAUGGAGGAAUCGAAGCAGUAGAAGAGAAAGAUGAAGCAGACCAAGUGUGUAGGCUCACCAACAACGAAGAAGACAACAACAAGUCACAGAAAGCUCAUAAAUCGCCUUCGAGAUCCGAAAGCUACAAAUUCAUACACCUCAUUCCAAUCCUCACCGUCAUCUGUUUCCUCAUCCUCUACCUCUCCUCUCACAAUCCAUCUCAAAAUGAUUUGGCUCAGUUCAAUGGCUUAAAGCGAUCAUCGGAGCUUAUAGAUAUUGAUGAUGUUGGAAGAUUUUUGGAGAUCAAGAAAGGGGGUGUUUUGGCGAUUCGGGGCCUGAGGAAGUUGCAGGAGAUCAGUAGAUAUGGUCCGGCAAAUCGGCGACACCGAAAAAUCAGCAAUUUUUAGUCAGCAUUUGCGGAUUCACUAUGCCUGUCUCUAGUUAUGCGUCUGUCUCUCUAGCUCUAUGUUAUGAGUUCUCAGAGGUACAGCUUCCGUCGGUGGAGUUGGCACGUGCGAACUCGGGCAGCUAUUUAUUUUCUCCCGCGUGUACGUGCGGAUUGCAUGUGAAUUUGCUUCACUUAGAGCGCACCUUAGCACGUGCCUAUGUAGAAAUAUGUCAUUCACAUGUAUGAAUGAUAUAAGUGCACUACUAAUAAUAUACACAUAUAUAUAUAUAUAUAUAUAUAUAUAUAUGUGUGUGUGUGUAUUUUAAAUUUGCAUAUCCAUUUUUCAAGAAUUUGAAUCGUCGCUGUUUAUUUUGAAGGAUUGACCAGAUAAUAUAGUAUCACUAAGAAAAAGAAAAAAAAAAAAAAAAGGAUCCGAACAACUUCACACAUCUAAAUAUGAUCUUUUCAUUGUAUAUUGGAUGGAUAAUCUUUAAAUU